GGACUUUCCGUUUCACAGCGUUUUGCUGUAGCUCUGUGCAGAAACAGUCUGUGUGCUGGAUACACUUAUAUCCACUGUAUUUGUACCUGAGCGCUGGGCCAAAAGACUUUUAUACGCACAUCACUAAUGUCAUCCUGGAUGUAUCACCACCCACGCAAACCGCACUAAAUCUCCAGAGAAUAGUCCCUACACUUCCUCUGAAGAUGCCCUAAAAUGCGUUCCGUAAUCCCCAGCCUUCUCAUACUGCGCUAUGUCGUGGUCCCUUUUUCCCAAAAUCUAUUCUAUUCCAAUGUAUCACAUCUAAAGAAAUCCCUCCCCCGUGCCCUUCAGUGGAUUCGUCCUCUGGCUGGGACUUAAAACACGUGCUUCCCAGGUGAGGGGAGGUGGUUGUCAGGACAACCAUAACACCGCCCCUUCACUGCAUUGGGCUGCGGCUUUUGGGAAGGAGGAGCCUUGUCAAGCUUGAGUGACGUCACGUCUGUGCGUUCUGCAGCUGCUUGGAGAGCUGGGCAGUGGGUACAGGAGUCGAGAGAGGCCCGGGGCAGUGAGUGGCAGAAGGAGAGAUGGCAAAUUGGCAUUAAUUGUGAAUUACCCGUGUUGGAACAAAGGACCUUGAAGAUGGGGGCACUGACAAGUCGGCAGCAUGCUGGAGUGGAAGAAGUGGACAUGCCAUGCAGUUCCCUCUACAGAUACCCGCCCAAGUCUGGAAGUUACUUUGGCAGCCACUUUAUAAUGGGAGGAGAAAAAUUUGAGUCCAGCCAUCCUGAGGGCUAUUUGUUUGGGGAAAACAGUGACCUGAAUUUUCUUGGGAGCCGGCCAGUCACGUUUCCAUAUACAGCCCCUUCCCCACAGGAGCCAGUGAAAACCCUGCGCAGCUUGAUCAACAUUCGUAAGGACACGCUGCGCCUGGUCAGGUGCACAGAGGAGCUAAAGAGCACAGGUGUGGAGGGGAGCCGCCCCAAGGUGCAUUAUAACGUGGAAUUCACUUUUGAUACCGAUGCACCAGUUGCAAUCACCAUAUAUUACCAGUCCACUGAGGAGUUCCAGGGAGGCAUUGCCAGCUACCUGCCCAAAUCCAGUAACCUACAGUCGGACACCGUGCACUUCAAAAGAGGGGUCAGCCAGCAGUUCUGCUUUCCUUCCCAUACAGUGGACCCUGCUGAAUGGAGAGAAGAAGAGCUGACGUUUGAUCUAGACAGAGAGGUUUACCCUAUGGUGGUCCAUGCGGUGGUGGAGGAAGGAGAAGAGCAUCUUGGACACUCCCAUGUACUCAUGGCGAUAUUUGAAAAGCAUGCCGAUGGCAGUUUUUGUGUGAAACCCUUGAAGCAGAAACAAGUGGUGGACGGAGUCAGUUACUUACUGCAAGAAAUCUACGGUAUUGAGAAUAAAUAUAACAGCCAGGACUCCAAGGUAGCUGAAGAUGAAGUGAGUGACAACAGUGCGGAAUGCGUGGUGUGCUUGUCUGAUGUCCGGGACACGCUCAUCCUGCCCUGCAGACACCUGUGUUUGUGUAAUGCCUGUGCCGACACAUUGCGCUACCAGGCCAGUAACUGCCCUAUCUGUAGGCUGCCUUUCCGAGCCCUCCUUCAGAUCCGAGCCAUGAGAAAGGUCCCUGGUCCACACUCUCCGGCUGGUUUUAGCCCCAUUAUAGCAGCCCCGACCUCAGACUCAGAGGAGCACACGUCAGAACACGUACCUCCUGGAUAUGAGGUGGUCUCUCUUCUGGAGGCCCUAAAUGGUCCCCUGACUCCAUCACCCUCUGUACCCCCACUACGAGCUCUAGGAGAAGCAAGACGCCCUGGAGCUCUGCCAUCGUACGGCAGUGACAUACAUCUCCGAAUGCACUCACCAUUGCAGCAUCUCUGUGGAAGCCAAGCCUUAAAACUGAAGAAGAGCAUAUCUAGGUCCAUUUCCCAAAAUUCUUCAGUGCUGCAAGAAGAUGAGAUGGAGAAAUCAUUCAGUGAAGCGGAAAUCCGGACGCCCAGGAAAAAGACAUCCCAGCUGGCAGAGGAGUGUGGAGUGACCCCAGAAAGUGAUAACCUGACUCUGUCUUCCUCUGGGGCCAUCGAUCAGUCUUCCUGCACGGGAACACCCCUGUCUCCUACAAUCACCUCCCCUGAAGACCCCCUGAGCAGUAGCCUGGCGCAGUCCGUAAUGUCCAUGGCCUCGUCCCACAGCCAGCAGUCCCAGUUCAGCACUGACACCGUAUCUUCCAUGUCGGGCUCCUACACAGCUGGGGGAAUGGAAGAGGAGGAAGGGGGGGUCACUCCGUCACCUCCAGCAGCUGCAAGUGGAUCCCCAUCUAUGGAGGGAGAGCUGUCACCAGCAGAGUCCCCAGAGCCGCACUUUGUGACCGUCUCUGCUGAGGAAAUGGAUGCAGAGGGAAAUGUGACAGAGGAAGAAUUUGCGUCGCCAGAGGAAGAUGAUGGGCAGAGGACUGGCAGAGAGUGUGACAAUAACAAUGCUGCUGGUGUCACGCUGAGGGACGUUCUGGACAAUGUGCGGGGCUCUGAGGGCUGCCUGGCCGAUGUGUGUUACACCAGUGUCCCUGGGCAGCAACGGAGUAAUCCAUACCAUGGGUCGGACAACUGCAUCUCGCUGCAGGAGGACAAGCAGAGCCAGAUGGAUACUGAGUUAGUGUGAAUGCCGACCUCUCAUUUACUGACAGAUUUGCUGCUUACCCUGGGGCCACUUCUCAUCAUCCACUGAGAGGUUUUGCCAUCCCACAGUCACUCAGGAUAACUCACAGACUUACUCCUACUCCACCGUCUCACACCUUUCUGGUACUUAGGACUUAUUGGAACCUGCUUUGACCUGUGUAUAUAUAAAUUGUAUCUUCUGCUGGGAAGGGAAGCGUGUUCCACUCCUCCGUUUAAUGUUUGUCCUACCCAUGAUGUACAUAUUCUGUGUAUAAAUAGAAAAGGCAGGGGUGGCUCAUUAUAUCUCACUCUAUGUUAAGUUGCACUGCCGUUACUAUUCCUUCCUCGCAAUAGAAAGCUGGCAAUGCUGCCAUGGGGAAGAAAGAUAGGCUUGGCAUUAUUAGCACUGCUGCACCAGCCAGGAUUGCUUGGGUUGCUCUAGUCAGAGAGACUUUAUAAUUGGCUGUAUUAGUGAUGGAGAAAGUUGGCACUUGCCUAUGGCGUCCUCAUUUUAGCUGUAUGUGAACAGUUUAGCCAGUAAGGAGCAACGUUAUUGUAUAAAGACCUCAUUGUCUCUUUCAAACAGUUUAGGAGCCCACCCGAUUUUCACUUGCACUAAUAUACAGAGGUUAUAUAAUCCCCCAACAUAAUUUGCAGCAAUGUAGGCUAAGAAUAGAUCAUAGACAAUAAUAUAUAGACAAAAGCAAGAGAGCCCCGCGUAUUGGAACAUACCAUAAAAGUACUGCAGUAUUACAUGUAGAAAGUAGAAUUCAUAGGAAAAUUCUGGGGGAAAAAAUACAAUUUCUAAAGGGCAAUUGUGACCCCCAUUUAGGCCCCCAGGCAUAUCAUAUACACCAUAAUAGGAAAAGACAUGGUGGGCCACAAUACACAAUACUGAUGGUCCCAGAAAACUUUAAGCUGUAACCUGUAGCUGCUACAUAUUUUUUUUUAGUUUCCAGUGUGGCAAGCCUCAGGCAGCCACGUGUAGCACCUACAGCUUCCUAACAUGCGCUUUGACCAAAGCUAGACAGGAGUGCACUCUUUCUGGCAGUCUGUAGUAGUGAAGUAUUCUGCCCAAACCCCCAACUCUGUAAGACCCAGACUGCCCUGCUGGGUGCCGUCUAUAAAUGCAUUUACUUUCACUUUUUACCCUCCUUCUAUUCAUUCCAUUCAGCCUCCAGUCGUUUUCCUGCACAAUUGAGCAGAGCCUCACUAACAAUGUACAAACUAAAGGACAGGGCACGAGAGAGGCAGAGGUGCCCAGCCACACUUCAUUCCUGUGUUUGCAUUGCUGUGUAACCACCACACAAUAAAUGUCAUUUUUCUUGUAUUUACAUGAAAUAAUCAGCAUCCAAUACAGUCUGUUCCAUGGAAUGAGUCAGAAUCCUCUGCACAUGUUCCUUAGUGCUCAAGACUGUGGGUACCUGCCAAUAUACACUAGCCAGAACAGCACCUGCCCAUAUCUAUCCUUAUAUAUAUCCUGUAUUACAUAUUCUGCUGUUUGUAUAUGUAAUGAUCAAGCAGUAUACUGUAUAUAGGGUUGAGUCCAGUCUCCCACUGUACAAACCAAGAUUCCCAACAAAAAAACAGCAGUGAAUCUCUAUACUGACCGUUCUCUUUACCAGUGGUCAAACACAGAGGUCAGUUGUGGAUCAAAAACCAAUAAGAUUGUUCUCUAAUGGCCGGUAAGAGCAGUGUAAAUCAGAUAGAGAAAAAGUUUCUUUUGGAGCCCAAAGAGCAACUUGCUUUUACAAAGUCCAUUAAGAUUAAAUAAACAGAACCACGCCACACACUGACUCUUGAGUGAGGAGAGUGACUGGACAUGUGGCAGUAGGAGGACAGCUUUCUAAUUUAAGGUUCUCUUCUGAAUUUAUGGAUAAAAUAUUUCCCUCUGGAACCAAAACUCACUCUGCUUUCUAAGCAUAGAGGAAGGAAAGCAGCCUAAAAAGUAGGAAAGUACAGAGAACGUAACUCUUUUCCUGGCUAAGCACUUGGGGUAGACUGGAUUCAUGUACUGAGGGCAGGGUACGCAGUGUAUUUAAUCCCAUAUAUAAUGUUAUGUGAUUCAGAUCUGUCUGUCAUGUAUAAGACGUUUUAUCCGAGUAGCAUCACUUCUAAAAGCAGUGGGAUUUUCUCUAGCAAUACUAAACAAGUGUGUCUGACCCAUCGAGUGGUGGCAGACUAUGCCCUGUUUCUUUCUAUGCAUUUGUUGCAAACACACCAGUGCCCUGUAGAGCGAUCCUCCUUUUGGAUUCCUUUAUUUUUCUUUCAUGGAACAUGCAAUUGCGAACACUGGAGUCCUAUUUUUCUAAUCCUGACAGAGUUAGGUCUCACAUUGUCCCCUCACUUUGAUGCAAUAAUCGAGUGCAGUAUGUGUGUAGGGACCCUGCAUGCUGCAGCAAUGGAUGAAUAAAUUUCUUGGCACACA